AUGUCGGGAGCCUCCAAGGAGAGCGUGGGGGCCCGAGGGCUGCCGGCCGGCAAGGCCUGCCUAACCACCAUGGACAGAAAGCUGACGGUGCUCAACGAGAAGGUCGACCAACUCCUGCAUUUCCAAGAAGACGUCUCGAAGAAGCUGCAGUGCGUGUGCCAAGGCAUGGACCACCUGGAGCAAGGCCUGCACCGGCUGGAGGCCUCCAGAGCCCCGGGCCCCCCCGGGGCCGACCCUGCCCCUCCAGGUGACGCGCAGGCUGGGUGGCCGGAGGUCCUGGAGCUCGUCAGGGCCUCGCGGCAGGAUGCAGCCCAGCACGGCGCCAGACUCGAGUCCUUGUUCCGGGUGGUGGUGGCCGUGGACAGGGCCAUAGCUUUGGUGGGGGCUGUGUUCCAGAACUCGAAGGUGGUGGAUUUCAUCCUGCAAGGGAGUGUCCCCUGGAGGAGAGGCAGCCUGGCUGAUGGCCCCUCAGAGAACAAAGAGAGAGAGGAAGAGAAAGGAGCCAAACCACAGCGUGCGCUGAGCGCCAGGGGCGUGCCAGCUGAGUUCAGCGGGCCCCAGGAAGAGAGCCAGAAGGCUGACCUGCCAGAGGGGACAGCGGAGAGGCCGCCCCCUGUCGGCGCUUCAGGGAUGGGAUCCGAUGUCCUCGCCCAGUCAGAGUCCUUGCCAGGGCAGGGAGACGGAAUCCCUGGUACAGACCAGGUGCCCCCUGGACACCUGCCGCUGCCCAGAGAGGAAGACGCCAAAGUUCCUGAGGUGUCUGGAGAGAACCCCAGGAUGGGCCUGGAAUUUCCUGCAGCAUCCAGCAGGGUCAGCGAGACCCCCACCAACCAGGAGGCUGCACCAGGUGCAGGACAGGGACCAUCGUCCAGCUAUCCUGACCCUCUGCCCACAGAGGAGGGCAAGAAGCUGACCUCAGAGCCGCCUGCCCAGGCCAAGGCAGCUCAUGGUGGUGAAGACCUGCAUCCAAGGAUCUCUGUCCAUGUGCAGGAGACGGAUAUCCCUGGGGAGCUGCUUGUGACUCAAGGGGGCAGCCUUAGACCCACACCCCCUGCGGAGGCUCCAGCAGCUGCCCAGUCUGGUGAGCAGGACCCACCUGAGCAUGGGGGCUGUCCUCAGGACCCUGGGACUGAAUCGGGAAAACAGAUCCUGAAAGAAGCCAGUGAGUGCUCCCCACUGCCUACAAGGAGCAGCGAAGGGGGAGCAAAGGCUGAGGACAAGCCGGGGCCUGGGGCCGAACCCGCCAUGGGACCAAACGGGGCCAGGAGGGACACGGGAGAAGACGCUGGGGCCCCAGGUCUGCAACAGGACACAGGCCCGGGAGCAGGAAACCCUGAGACCUGGGAGGACUGCACGCCCGGGGACCUGGGCAGAGCCGAGGCAGGAAGGGCGCCCCAGGGAGCCGAGGCUGGCAGCCUGGUUCUGGACGACAGCCCAGCCCCACCAGCCCCUUUCGAGCACCGGGUGGUGAGUGUCAAGGAGACCGCGACCUCGGCGGGUUACGCAGUCUGCCAGCACGAAGUCCUGGGAGGGGGCCGGUUUGGUCAGGUCCACAGAUGCACGGAGAAGUCCACAGGCCUGUCGCUGGCAGCCAAGAUCAUCAAAGUGAAGAACGCCAAGGAUCGGGAGGACGUGAGGAACGAGGUUGCCAUCAUGAACCAGCUGAGCCACGUCAACCUGAUCCAGCUCUACGACGCCUUCGAGAGCAAGAGCAGCUUCACCCUGGUCAUGGAGUACGUGGACGGGGGUGAACUCUUUGACCGGAUCACGGAUGAGAAGUACCACCUGACCGAGCUGGACGUGAUCUUGUUCACCAGGCAGAUCUGCGAGGGCGUGCACUACCUCCAUCAGCACUACAUCCUGCACCUGGACCUGAAGCCGGAGAACAUACUGUGUGUCAAUCAGACAGGACACCAAAUAAAGAUCAUUGACUUUGGGCUGGCCCGAAGGUACAAGCCCCGGGAGAAGCUGAAGGUGAACUUCGGCACCCCCGAGUUCCUGGCCCCCGAAGUCGUCAACUACGAGUUCGUCUCAUUCCCCACGGACAUGUGGAGCGUGGGUGUCAUCACCUACAUGCUACUCAGCGGUUUGUCCCCGUUUCUAGGGGAAACAGAUGCCGAGACCAUGAACUUCAUUGUGAACUGUUGCUGGGAUUUCGACGCUGACACCUUUGAGGGGCUGUCGGAAGAUGCCAAGGAUUUUGUUUCCCGGCUGCUGGUCAAAGAGAAGAGCUGCAGAAUGAGCGCCACCCAGUGCCUGAAACACGAGUGGCUGAAUAACUUGCCGGCCAAAGCUUCCAAGUCCAAAAUUCGGCUCAAAUCCCAGCUCCUGCUGCAGAAGUACAUGGCUCACAGGAAGUGGAAGAAACAUUUCCACGUGGUGACUGCUGCCAACAGGUUAAGGAAAUUUCCAACUAGUCCCUAAUCCUCAGCUCUCCUGCUCACCUGGGCCGAGAAUUAUGGAGACGGGUGGGGAAGUUGCGACGAGAGGUUUCAAACAGUCUGGCCUUUUGCUCUGUGGAGUCCACUUGCUUUGUAAAGAAAGGUUGCGGCGGUUGCUUUCCUUGUGGAUGAAACGUGGCUACGAAGUGACUUAAGAACCUUUUUCUGCCUGAGGAGAGCACGGAGCUUGAAUGCUGUUUACUCUUUGGGUGCCCGCAGUGUGGUGG